AUAUAGAUAUUUCAACCUUGUCGAUUUCCUCCAGAAUGGAGGUUUCCACGAAGAGAAUCUUCUUAAAACAUCUGGAGCGAGCGAGGCCCCUGCGCCGCUGCACCCAAGUCAGUGAGCCACAAAUAAACGCUGCUUCAUGUGCGCAGACCCUGCUGGAACAGGAGACAAACAUGGACAUGGAGCAGUUCUACAAGACUGUCAGCCUUAACCAGCUGAACAAAGACAGAAUAUCUUACUCAAGGGACUUUUUAAUCGGUCUGGCCAGCUGCCCUGAGGCCAAGAAGAAGCCACUAUACUUACCAGUGCAUCCCAUAGUGUUACCCGAGGCAAGAGAUCCUGGGCAGCAAGAGCUUGGACUCGUGAGGUGGAGCAGUGGAAAUGGAGAUGUGUGA